AUGGUUCGGCCCUCGGCUUCUGACGACUCUAAGUCCGUUGGCGUCUGCUUCGCACAAGCUGUCUCCCGAGUAGUGCCUCCUUUCCACCACCUCUUCAUCCCUCGCAAGGGUCGGCUCUCCAUGUACGAGGGGCUCAAGGAAUGCAUCCCCCCUGCUGUUCGGAGUGAUCUGCAGUCCUCGGGGAGUUUCGGCCUGAGUGAGAUAGAGUUCAACAAAAUCCUAGAAAGAAACGGCUUCAACAAGAUCCGGGACCGCUGCACGCUCCCCAUGGACCUCAAGCAGACGGACUUCGCCAAGAGCUGCAGCGCGCGGUAUCUCUUCAGCAACCGGCGUUGGAGGAAUCCCGACGACCCACACGAGCUCGAGGAGCUCCGUCAAGGUUGGCUGAGGCUCCGCCAGUGCGCUUUGAAGUUGGGAGUAGAUGUCAGCUUCGAGACUCUCGUGCAGUGCUGCAGGGCAAGGCAUGCGCUGUGGGCUAGGUUGACGUCCAAUUGGAGAAAGACUCCCCGCCGGGUCUGCCGCAAGAAGACGAUAGCCGCGUCAACGAAGCAACGGCAGCAAACGACUACUGACCCCUCCAGCUCAGAGCUGAUCUCAAUAUCGCAUGACUCAGCACCAUCGUCGACAUUCUCACCUGCUCCAACGCAAGAUUCUUGUGAAGACGAGCUUGACAUCAUGCGGCUCAACUCCUUGAGCGAGGACGAGACUGCCGAAUGGAUCAGGAAGCUCGAGCGCUUGCAGGGAGGCGGGAAGAAAGACGAGGAGCUCUACUUACAACAAUUCUCCGAAGCUUCGCACGCGAUGUGGGAGACCAUCACUGAGGAGAUCGAAAGUCAAAGUCUGCAGAGCGACGAAGACUUGACCCGACAAACUCUCAACAACUUGAUGACUCGGUACUGA